UCCCUUUUUUAUUUUUUAUAACGGGGAUAAGGGAAAAUAAGGGGAAUAAGAGGAUAUAAAUAUAGUAUAACAUAAUAUAAUGUAAUUUUAUAUAUAUAUAUACGUGUGAGAAUAUAUAAACAUACCAUAUUUUAUAAUGGAUAUCGAAACUGUAAAAAUGAUCGAAUUAUUAUUUCCUAAUAAUUUUCCUGAUUCUUGGAAAGAUAAUUCAGAUUUUUAUCAAUACUUAUCGAAAAUUGGAGAAUAUGAUGUAGAUCAAAUAAAUAGUGAACCAGAUCAUUUAAUUAAUGAAAAGAAUGCUGUUCAACAAAGAAUACACGAGUUGGUUUUUUCAAACUACAGAACAUUUAUUCACACUGCUGAAUGUUGUAGAAAAAUAUUCCAGGAAUUUAAUCAAACAGAAAAAGAAUUAGAUUGUUUAGUAGAAAAAGUACCACAGUUUAUGAAUAAGUGUACAUCUUUUUGUAAUAAAUCAAAUACCAUUAAUACUCACAAAAGAUUAAAUACGUUGGCACUGAAUAAAAAUACUGAGCUACUCGAAAUUUUAGAGCUACCAUAUUUAAUGGAAUUAUGUUUAAAAACUGAUCAGUACAGUGAGGCUUUAGAACUAUCACAGUAUGCAAGAAAUUUGGGAGUCAAACAUAGAAACAUACCAAUUAUAUGUAAUAUUAUAAAUGAAGUUGAAAAUAAAUGGUCUCUUGUUGUAAAUCAAGUUUUUAAUUCUUUAAAAGAAGACUUGCCACUGCCGAGAUGUUUACAGUUGAUAGGAUUACUUCGAUCUAUGGAUGUAUUUACAGAGUCUGAACUACGUUUAAAAUUUAUUCAAGCUCGUGAUACUUGGUUUCAAUCACUUUUAGAAUCAAUUCCAACCAAUAAUGCAAGUAUCCAUUUGAUCAAAACUAUUGAAUUGUCAAGAAUAAAUUUGUAUAAUAUAAUUACUCAAUAUAAAGCUAUAUUUAAUGAUGAUGACCAUAUGAUUCUUGGAUCCUAUAGUACUGUCAAUGAUUCUACAAUUUUCCAUGAGUGGUUAGAAGAAAAAGUAUCCAAAUUUCUUUCUACUUUAGAACAAGAUUUGCCUGAAAUUAUAUUUAUUGAUUCUAUACUUGGUCAAUGCACAUAUUUUGGUUUGUCUUUUGGAAAAGUUGGAGCUGAUUUCACAGGCCGCAUGUCUGAAAUAUUUACCAAGGCUAUCAGUAAUAAAUUUGACAAAAGCAUAUUAACAGCUACAAGAAAAUUUGAAAAAGAUAUCGAUCAAUUUACUUUUGUCCAUAAAUCUAUCAAAUCUAAUAUAAAAAUUGAUCUAGUUCUAAAUUCAGAAAGUCCACCUGAACAAUUAACGGAUUAUUAUCCCCUUGCUGAAUAUUGUAAUGGACUAAUCAAAAUAUUUAAUGAAAUAAGGCUUAAUACACCAGUUGUAUUAGCUCAAUCAUUCACGAAAUUCUUACAGAUUUCUUUGCAGACUAUAGCCAGAACAAUAUUUUUACAUUUUGUGAAUGAUAAUAAAACUUUUACAGCACUUGAUAGAGAAAACAUAAUCAAAUUUACAGAAUGUUUUCAUGAAUACCUUGUUCCAUAUAUUCAAUAUUGUAUACAAGCUUUAUUUCCACCAAAUCAAGUAGCUACAUAUUUGGGAACUUCGGUUAGUCAGUUACAAAAAGAGGAAAUAAUAUAUCUCAAUCAUAAAAGUAUUCUUGAACCACUUGAAUCUUUUUUGCCAAUAAAAAAUAUUCCAUAGAAUACUUACCAGAUAUAACAUCUUUAAAAGGCUCUAUAAAACACAAUACCAAGAAUGAGCAAUUGUUAAAAGAGUUUGUUGAACGAAAUAAUUCAGAACUGCCCAACUUUACUUCAAUAAAUGGAAUAUAGGAAUAUAUCAAGAAAUUUUUAUUUAUAAAGAGAAAAGUUUAAUAGAGGAAGAUUAAGCAAUUUGCAAUAAUAAUAUACUUUAUUGUCAAUGAAAAUUUGUAAUAAUUUAAUAACUAUAAUGCAUAUUAAUUUCUUAUAAGUAUUACAAUGUAUUUCUAAUAAUGAUGAAAAGCCACAAUAAAUUUUACAUAUUUACUGCCUUAAAGAUAAUAUCCAACCAGCAAUAAUUGUUCCCAAAAUGUUGCCAAAACAUUUUUUCAAAAACAUCCCAACUUUUUUAGCAACCAUCAAACAUUUUUGCAACAUUAUGCAGCAAUGUUGACAAAAUUUUCAAAUGUCAACCGUUGUUUCAAACCUAAUGUUAUUGACAAAAUAUUGCUGAAACCAGUUUUUUGAACGUUAGUCACAAUGUUGUUACAAAUUAUGUUUGAAAAUCUUUUGGCAACAUUUAGCUAACCCUUCUUAAAAAUUACAAAAAAUACAUUUCAGCUAAUGAAAAUGUUGUGGAAAUAUUUUUGAAAACUAACGGAGUAAUUGUAGCCGUUCUCAU